AUGUUUCGCUCUGCUGAUGACGCUGGUGAUCCACUUCGACAGUCCCACCGGCUAAGCGGAAAACCUUCUUUGGGGGGACUACGAGCUGGUGAAACUCCUUCCACAGACCAAGAUCCCUGCAGCUGGGAGCUCGUAGUUGGUCUCUUGGGCUGGCUGGUCCAUGGACCGUGGCACGAGGAAGCGAGUGUGCAACUGCAAGCAAGCAGCCGCCAACUUCUCUGGCGAAAUUCCUGGCCAAAAUCCCAAUCCUUACAGGUGGUGGCAUCUCCGCUCCUCGCCAACCAUAUACUUUUCAUGCGGGAAAUCCGAAACGCUGGGUGCUGGGUUGGUUGCGACUAA